GCAUUCUAUCGGCAUGCCAUGCUCCGACGGUACGAUAGAAGACGUUCGUCGCUCGUCGAGUUAGUCGAGCUCUGACGCCAGUCGCGAGCGGUCGCACUUUGGCGACAUUCGACAGGAAGAAACUCGAAAGAAGUUGAAAAAGAGCGCAUACUCUUGCGUUGCUUUAUCUCGUCUCAUCAUCGAUUCAUUAUCGAGUUUCACAUCCGUAGCGCGGUCCCUUCAAUUGCCUCGUGCAUUGUUCAAGAGAGGGAGAGAGGGAAGGAGACAUUAAGCGACUUGGAUUAUCAGUGAAGUGAUUGACUUCGAUUUUAAAUAGUGCUACGUCGACGGGGAUUAUUUGACUUGGAAAUUUUUUGAGUUUAGUGAUUUUGAGAGUAAAAGAUAAAUUAUGGUGGCUGAAAUGGGUGCCACGAUGCCGACGGGUGGAAUCACCGUCGGUGCAACGCCACCCGCGCAACACGUGCCACAGGAAGCUGGCCAGCCUCCGGCACAAACUCCGACCACCACGACGACUACGAGAAGAUCAGGAGAAAAUCGACGGAGCAAUAAACCCAUUAUGGAAAAAAGACGCCGAGCCCGUAUCAAUAGCAGUUUGAACGACCUGAAAACCCUCGUACUGGAAUCUAUGAAAAAAGACCCGGCAAGACACUCGAAACUCGAGAAGGCUGACAUUUUGGAACUGACCGUGAAACAUUUGGAAAACCUUCAACGACAGCAGAUCGCUAUGGCCACUGCGACAAAUCCGAGCAUCCUCAACAAAUUUCGCGCCGGUUACUCGGAAUGCGUCGCCGAAGUCAACAAGUUUCCCGGUUUGGACGCUGUGGUGAAGAGACGUCUGAUGGCCCAUUUGGCCUCAUGCCUAGGUCCGGUUGAACCCAGUACCAACAACGGCCAAGCGACGACUCAGCAGCCUGUCCAACCGGCGCCACCGACGACGCAAUUGCAAGUGCAUAUCCUGCCCCAAGUUGACGCAACCCCGCGGAUUCAAGUUCAACAAUCGAAUGGCAUUUUUUUCACUAAUGCCAACGGCACUGGCCUGCAACUGGUCCCGACCAGAUUGCCGAACGGCGAUAUCGCCCUGGUACUUCCGGCGGGAGCGAAAGCCGCGGGCCCGUCAUCGCCAUCGUCGUCCCCGGCGCCGAGUUCACCCUUACCAACUCUGAUCCCGAUCCCUCAAAGAACCGCCAGCACGGCCUCCGCGUCAUCGUCGACCUCGUCCGCCAGCUCGACGUCCACGUCAGCGGGGAGCCCGGUAGCGUUCGAGGGACCUCCUCCGGCGUUUCGCGAGCAAUCUACCACCUACAGUCCGGCCAACAGUCAUAGAGAUGUCGCGACAUCCCCGGCGAACGGUUACACCAGCGACCCGGAGUUCGAUCCACGCGUCUACAGCCCUCCCCUCCAGAAACCUCUCGCGCUCGUAAUGAGGAAGAGCGUGGUGCCGGCGGUCGAGGAUAAGCCGUGGAGGCCGUGGUAAAAGGAAAGGAGAAAGAAACAGGCACGUGCGUGAUGAUGAUAAGCGAAGUGAUAUAGUGUCGAUAGUAGAAUCUGAAGAGAUAAUCUGAAGUGCUAAUUUGAACGUGCCGAUUUACGCACCGCGCAAAAAAUUUCGCGGGAAAAAAAAACAUGUUCCUCAAUAACGUAGAUGAUUGUAGACGCGCGAUCCCAUCCGUAGAACAUCGCAAGGUUGAAGGAUCGUUAGAAGACACGAGUUUAUUCCUGCGCGUACACGGUCGGCCAGUAGCCAAUGAGGCAGCCUUAUUAAUAGUGCCUUGUAAAUAUGUCUAAUUUUGGUGUGGCGGAAAUGAACGCAAAUGGUUGCUCUGAAGUAUCGUGGAUUUAGUCUUCUGUCUUUAUCUCGCCUCAUCGUUCUCCCCCCUCCUCUCCUUCCUCCAACAUCCCUCGAUCCUUGUACAUAAGUUAUAUAAAUUAAUAUUUUAAGUGCCUUAUGCAACAAGAAUCACCGAGGUCUUCCAUUCUGUUUCUUGUACGUAAAAUACUAGAUGAUUUGUGUAACAUUAUACCAUUGUAAGUACGAAGAAAGAUUUUAGUUAUUACGAUAUUUUUAGGCUUAAGAUUUUUUAAGUUUAAGAGCAGCGUGAGAGAAAAUGUGUAUGAAUGUAUAUAUGCGAAUUAAUGGCGCGCGAAGGAAUACGUUAUUUAUAUUUAUACGAGUGCAAAGAGGUUAUAUUUAUAAUUCCUCUCUAUUAUGAGAAUAGACACCUGACGCUUACUGUGGCAAGAGCAUCAAAUAAAUGUUGAUCUCUUUCUCAAAACAUAA